UGUGUGUGUGUUGAGUGUGAGUUGUGUGGUGUUGAGUGUGAGUUGUGAGUGUGAAUUAUGCCCAGAAAGAAGCCGGGACCGAUACAGCUGAACCCGACCCCCGAUGGAUCGGCGCUGAAUGGAACCAAUUCCACAGAGACCAACUUGGAAGCUCUCCAGAAGAAGCUGGAGGAGCUGGAGCUGGAUGAGCAGCAGAAGAAGCGACUGGAGGCUUUCCUGACCCAGAAACAGAAGGUGGGGGAGCUGAAAGAUGAUGACUUCGAAAAGAUUUCGGAACUGGGCGCCGGAAACGGUGGGGUGGUCUUCAAGGUCUCGCACAAACCCUCGGGUCUCAUCAUGGCCAGAAAGCUCAUUCACCUGGAGAUCAAGCCCGCCAUCCGCAAUCAGAUCAUCCGAGAGCUACAGGUUCUCCACGAGUGCAACUCUCCGUACAUCGUGGGGUUUUACGGGGCUUUUUACAGCGACGGAGAGAUCAGCAUCUGCAUGGAGCACAUGGAUGGAGGGUCCUUGGAUCAGGUGCUGAAGAAAGCAGGAAGGAUCACUGAAGUGGUUCUGGGCAAAGUGAGCAUUGCUGUUAUCAAGGGGUUGGCUUAUCUGCGGGAGAAACACAAGAUCAUGCACAGAGACGUCAAACCUUCAAACAUUCUGGUGAACUCCCGCGGUGAAAUUAAACUCUGUGACUUCGGAGUUAGUGGUCAGCUGAUUGACUCCAUGGCCAACUCAUUCGUUGGGACAAGGUCCUACAUGUCACCGGAGAGACUUCAGGGAACGCACUACUCUGUGCAGUCGGAUUUCUGGAGCAUGGGUCUGUCUCUGGUGGAGAUGGCUAUCGGCAGGUACCCCAUCCCACCCCCCGAAGGCAAGGAACUGGAACAGAUCUUCGGCUGCCCCAUGAGCGCGGAGGUGAUGCCAUCCGAACCCAAGCCUCGCCCACCCGGCCGUCCACGCGGCUCCUUUGGUGUUGACAGUCGGCCUCCCAUGGCUAUAUUUGAACUCUUGGACUACAUUGUGAACGAGCCGCCUCCUAAGUUGCCCAGUGGCGUAUUCAGCGAUGAAUUCCAGGAAUUUGUGAACCAGUGCUUAAUAAAGAAUCCAGCGGAGAGGGCGGACCUGAAGCAGCUGAUGUCUCAUUCUUUCAUCAAGCGUGCUGAGGCGGAAGAGGUGGAUUUUGCAGGUUGGCUGUGCUCAACCAUCGGUCUGAAACAACCCAGCACCCCAACCCACACCGUGGCCUCAUAAGUCCCUGGGACCGAGCUAAACCUUUUACUUUUUCUCUCUCUCUCUCUCUGUCUCUCUCUUUAACAUGCGAUGAUCUCAUGAUUGUUUUCUGCUAACCCUUUACCUCAGUCACUAACGCUCCUGUCCCAUUGAUUGAUUGAUUGUUGUCACGUUGGAUAUUUUUUUUAAAAAAAAGGAAGGAUGUCUGUUUCAGGUCAUUUGCCUUAGUUAGUAAGAACCUGCCUGUGGAGGGAGGUAUCUUUGUCUCCAUUAGAGAUGAGAAAAGGCGAAUAAUGAGACUCGAUGGUUCCCUUCUAAGCCGGUAAAAGUGAGAGAUGAUUCACUCGGCGAGUGAACAAUUUGUUGGGCAUCAUGUUCCCCUCGGGGAGGGCAGGGACACUGGUGGAGAGAGGGAUCUUUAAGUUAAUACUAUAAUAAUUGGGAGCUGAUUUUUGGGGUGGGAUUAAACAAGCUCUUGCACUGGACUGCUAAUAGGUAUUGCAAACUCCCAACCAAAUUAUAUACUCCUACCCAUUUACUGGCCGGCCUGUCGAGGUGGCUGGUUGGACAAUCUGCUCCUCGGCUUUUCUCAAUGUCACUUUCCAACCUGCUGCUGGACUGGGAGCAGUGUGAAGAUGGCCACGGUUGAUGGCUGGUUCCCUCUCCUUCCCAGCGAGCCUUUGCUUAUGAGCCCCACCGAAAUGAACCGACAGAGAUAGGAAACUCAAUGUAUGGCCAGAGCGGAGGCCAGAAAUCUCAUCCCAGCACUUCUGCUGCAACACGUUAAUUCACCCAACACAUUGGACAUUCUCCCCCUCCAUCCACCCCCCCCCCUCCCCACUACAAUUACCCACCCAGCACCAAGGUGCAUUGAACACUCGUGGCCACAUCCCUUGGAGUCUCGCUGCCAAUUCCUCUCCGUUACUUUAACGUCGUGCGCACAAACCGAGGCCAAAUUCAAAGCGGGUGUUGUUCCUGCUCUGCGAGCGAACGGUCAUUGACCGCGACGGAGAGAUUUGCUGUCCGACGCCUUAUCUCCAGGGAGGUCGAGGGAUUGUCCGACAUGCUUACAGUAGUCAAUUAACCAUUUCCUGUGCUUGCUGUGGGGAAAGUUCCUGCCGCAAUGCCACCUUGGCGACCGGCCUCUUGUUAUGGAAAGUUGUCGAAAUUCAAUCUUUAUCUGGAAGCCCCCCUUUUUUUUUUUCUCUUUUUUUUGUUGCAGUUCACGAAAAUAACCGACUUCCAGUUUUAAGGCUGAAUUUUCCUGGGGAACGAGUGUGAGUCCAUGUAAGUUUGGGAACUUUUGCAGGUUUCCGUUUGAACGGUUUCAUCGUUAAGAGUGAAACGGCGCCGCCUGCCGGCGAGGCAAAGGCACUGCUUCCAGCUGCCGGCUUUCUGGGUUUGAUGCCUCUUUUGAGAUGCAGAGCUGCCUGGGACAACAGUCAUCAACAAUAAUAAUAAAUAACAACAACAAUUUGUGGUCACUCAAUCCACGACGGUUUGCUGCAAUCGGCUGCCGCGUUUCGCGUACAAAAUAUACAGUCGGUUCACUUUAGUGUAUUCUGUGAAGCGCUUUGAGACGUCUAACAGGCGUGAAAAGCGCUAUAUCAAAUGCUAGGAUUGCUAUUAUUAUUGUCCGUGGGCAUCACGUGCCCAGACUGUUUGGUUACGGCCGAUUUGAAAUUAGUUAUUUUUGUGAAACCGAAAGAAUCGGUUAUGGCAGGACAGACAAGACAGAGCUCGGUUUGUGUUUGGAUCUGGUGGGAUUUUUCAAUCGUGUAUAUGUAAUAUAUAUAUAUACACAUACCCACACAUAAAACUGCAAAAAAAUAAAAUCCACCACCCAUUCUAACCUCUGUGCCAGGAAAGAAUAAACUAUCUUUUCCCUUUGCCACCAAAACAGGAUUGACUAUACUGUAGAUGGUCUGACAUCUCCACUGCUGCCAUUUCAGCACCGACCACCAGUCACUGAGUGUGGCUCAGCCGCACAGUUGCCGAUGGCCGAGAGUCACUGGGGGAGUGCUUUCGAUUUAAUGUUUAGAGGAUUCUCCCUUCUAUUUUUUUUUUGGCUAAGACUAAAUGUUUUUCUGUCCUCUUUUUCUUGGUCUCUCCCUUGGUAACUGGCUUCCUUGUGCACCAAACUGGUCAUUAAAAGAUGUAACCUGGGAUCCUUUGGAUUCUCUCCAUAGUGCAGCUGAUUUUUUAAAAAAAAAAUCUAAUUGGGAUUUGCAGUUCAUAUUACUUUGCUGAUACAGCAGCCUGUGCCCACACUCAGGUGAGACUCCCUCUGUGAAAGGAGCCUUGAUGGCAAGACUACUUACAUUUCUGCCUUGUUAAAAUGUAAUUGACAUAGGUCUCGAGUAAUUCAACAGGAAAUUGAAUUUUAUAUUAAAAAUCUUUAGGGGAAAAAAAAUCACGUUGCAACACUUAAGGAUGCAAGAUGUGCAGUACACUAAACCAGACAAUCUUUCUUUAGACCAAAUACGAUGAGAAAAUAGUGUGUAAUGUGAAACUGUGCAAUUUAGAGAGCUUUUUGUGUUCCUGCUAAUAUUUUCAUCAAUUGAAUGUUGCAAUAAAUGUACAAAAACCUAAAA